GUCCACUUCCCACUGUAACAAAGAUGCCAUGCCAUGUCAGACCAGCCAACUUCCUUACUGCACCCUUUAUUUUUUAUUGAGAAAUGUGCUUUUUUUUUUCGUUCCUUUUAUUGACGCAUCAUUUCUCUUUUGUCUGUCUGCUUUACUAUUUCUCUCACUGCAUUAUUUUGUUGUUGUUGUUGCUAAGGACUAAAGGUUGUAGGGCAAGUGCCAAGUGAGCAAAGAGUGCCUUUUCUUAUGAAUUGGGUUGGAUUGGAUUAGAUUCUUCAGCUUACUUCUCACUCCACAACAUCACAGAUCCUUAACUUCUUCCAUUUCAUUCCAUUUUAUUACAUCACCUUACUUUACUUUCCCCUUCUCUCUUCUUUCUUUCUUUCUUUCUGUUUUUUUUUUUUUUUAAGAAAAAGAAAUCUUUUCUUUCAUUUUCUCUCUAGAUUUUUCUCCACCUUCUUGUUGUUUCUUCUCUCACAUUAUUAAUUUUUGUUUGUUUGUGUUUCUUACUUCACAACUUAAGAAAUCUCUAAUUUUCCAUAUCUACUUUCACUUAUCUUUUCUGGGUUUUGUGUUCUUAUUGAGCUCUGCAACUGUUUCCUUUCUGGGUAUUCUUUACUACUCUUUUUUUUUUCAAUAAUUUUUUUGUAACCUUUGAAACUAUUCUCUACUUGAGUAUGCUUCCUUUUCACUAUCUGAUGUAAAGAUUUUGCAAGAUAAAAGGUAAUUCCUUUGUUGUUGCUGUUGUUGUACUAGUAAGUUAUUUAUUACCAGAUCAGCUCUUCUUAUUUCGAUACUUGAUUCCAAGUUUUGAACUUCCUGUUCUUGCUUCGUUUUGUUUAGAAUCCUUUUUAUUCGGUUUUAGUCCCAAAAAGAUUCUUUUUUUGCUUGUCUCUGUGACUUCCAAUAAUCUAUGGUCUAGAUUCUAUUUAAACCUAUCAAAAUAAAUCCUGCCCUUUAGGCCUAGUAAGUUGUACUGUGUGGAGGCUGUUAGAGGAUUUGAAGAGAAAACAAUAGAAGAAUGGGGUUGUGCUCUGUGGCUAUUGGAUUAACCUGGUUAUUUACAACGGUGAGUACAGUGAGUGGUAUAGGUGCCAACUGGGGCACACAAGCAACCCACCCACUGCCUCCAGAUACAGUGGUGAGGCUACUAAGAGAAAAUGGGAUCCAGAAAGUUAAGCUUUUUGAUGCAGAUUAUGAUGCAUUGAGAGCCCUUGGUAAGUCUGGUAUUGAGGUCAUGGUUGGCAUCCCAAAUGAUAUGCUUUCAUCAAUGGCUGGCAGUAUGAAGGCCGCUGAGAAAUGGGUUGCUAAAAAUGUCUCUACGCAUAUCACCACCAAUAAUGUCAAUAUCAGAUAUGUUGCAGUCGGAAACGAACCUUUCUUGGAAACAUACAAUGGGACCUUUCUUUCAACAACCUUCCCAGCUCUCCAGAAUGUUCAAUCUGCCUUGAUAAAAGCUGGGUUGAGCAACCAAGUGAAGGUGACUGUCCCUUUGAAUGCUGAUGUCUAUGCAAGCUCAACUGGCUUUCCAUCUGGUGGUGACUUUCGAACUGAUAUCCAUGAUCUCAUGAUUAACAUUGUCAAGUUCUUGAGCGACAGUGGUUCCCCCUUUACUGUAAAUAUAUAUCCUUUCAUCAGCCUCUACUCUGAUCCCAACUUCCCAGUUGAGUAUGCCUUCUUUGAUGGCAAUGCGGUCCCUGUAAAUGACGGUGGAACAUCCUACUAUAACAUGUUUGAUGCUAAUUAUGAUACUCUUGCGUAUGCCUUACAAAAGAAUGGAUUUGGAAACUUGCCUAUCAUUGUCGGUGAGAUUGGGUGGCCCACUGAUGGAGAUAAGAAUGCUAACAUGAUUUAUGCCCAAAGAUUCAACCAAGGUUUUAUGCAACGUAUUUCAGGUGGUAAAGGAACCCCAUUGAGGCCUGAACCUAUUGAUGCUUAUUUAUUUAGUUUGAUUGAUGAGGAUGCUAAGAGCAUUGAUCCAGGGAACUUCGAACGUCAUUGGGGGAUAUUCACAUUUGAUGGAAGAGCUAAGUACACCCUUAACCUUGGCACCACGAAUUCAGGAGCAUUAGUUGAAGCAAAAAAUGUCCGUUACCUGGAGCGGAAAUGGUGUGUGAUGAAGUCAUCGGCCAAACUUGAUGACCCAAAUGUGGCACCAAGUGUGAGCUAUGCUUGUGGACUUGGUGACUGCACCAGCCUUGGUUAUGGAACAUCUUGUGGCAAUUUGGACGCAAGGGGGAACAUUUCCUAUGCAUUGAACAGUUACUAUCAGAUUCAGAAUCAGCUUGACAGCGCAUGCAAGUUUGAGAACAUUUCAACAAUCACUAAAUCAGAUCCAUCAACUGAAACUUGCAAAUUUGAGAUAAUGAUAGAGCCAUACUAUGGAGGUGCCAAGCGGACAGUAGGAUGCCCACACAAGCCAUUGGUUUUGGCUGCAGGUCUCAUUCUGUUUUUGCUUACAAUAUUAUGAAACUCAAAAGACUCCUUAACUUUUUAGAGGUACCAUUUUCUUUAAAUAUGGUGUAUUGGUAGCUAAAACAAUUUCGGAAAGAACAUGGAACCUAGUUCCAAUUUUUUUAGCAAUCUAGUAAUGCAGUUUUGGUUAA